AUGAACCACGUUUGUCGCAAAUCGGAAGACAAUCCAGCAGAUCUCCCUAGCCGCGGCCUGAGUGCGCAAGAACUUGUACACAAGGAUUUGUGGUGGCACGGCCCACCAUGGCUACGGGAACCACAAGAGUCCUGGCGGCGAGCGACACCACUCCCACUAGACACUACCUUGGAGAAGCGGGUAGUGAAGGUCCACGUCGCGAUCGCUAAGCCAGCCAACGAGAUACUGUGUCGUUUUUCCAAUCUGGCACGUGCCUUACGAGUGGUAGCAUAUGUGGUCCGUUUCGGCAGAAGGUGUCGUAAACUUCCAAACGACUACUCCGGGGAGGUGACCUCUAGCGAGAUCAAUCAAGUACUCCAGGCGUUGAUCCGAGUCACUCAGCGUGAUUACUUCCCGACGGAACAUCGGUGUCUACAGCAGAAGAAAUCUCUGCCCACGUCCAGCACCAUUCCCAACUUGAAUCCUUUCAUUAACGCAUCAGGUGUGAUCCGAGCUUGUGGGAGUGUGCAACAAGCAGCGGCUCUUAGUUACGAUGAGCGUAACCCCAUUCUGUUGCCAGUAGUAACCCCAUUGUCACGACUGUUGGUGCUUUUCACGCAUCAGAUCUCUCUCCAUGGGGGCAGUCAACUGGUAGUCCGUCUCAUCCGACAGAGAUACUGGAUUCCAAGACUGCGGAAUCUAGUCAAAUCGGUGGUCAAUUCGUGCAAGGUCUGUGUGAUUUACAAAAUACGGUUGCAAUCACAGCUAAUGGGCACCCUUCCGUCCCAGCGAACUACUUUCGCACGUCCUUUCACGACCACCGGGAUAGAUUUCGCAGGUCCUUUCGACCUCAAGAGUUUCACCGGCCGCGCUUGCCGCAUAUCAAAGGGAUAUAAAAUCUUAUCCCACUACAGCCACCAGAAUCUGUCCUGGCAUUUCAUCCCUCCCGGGGCACCACACAUGGGAGGGUUGUGGGAGGCUGGAGUUAAGAAAUUUAAAACUCUGUUCUACAAGGCCACCUCCAACCAAAGGUAUACCUUUGAAGAGUUCUCUACGCUGCUGGCUAAGGUAGAGGCUUGUUUGAACUCGCGGCCGAUUUCUCCUAUGUCGGAAGACCCCACCGAUUCUCUUGCUUUGACCCCAGGCCAUUUCCUGGUGGGCGGUCCAUUGCUAUCCGUGACGGAACCUAAUAUUAAUGAUCAGGUUCCGUCUAUCAUCAACCGGUGGCAGCGUCUGAAGGCUGUGAGUCAGCAUUUCUGCACCCGAUGGAAAGACGAGUAUCUAAAGGAGCUACAUAAGCGCAAUAAGUGGCGAUUCCCUUCUAAAAAUCUUGAAGUGGGAGAUCUGGUGGUACUCAAAGACGACAAUCUUCCAUUUAAUGAAUGGCGUCUCGUGCGAAUCCACCAAGCAUACCCUGGCAGUGACGGCAAUGUCCGCGUCGUCGAACUGCGUACCGCUCGCGGUAUUGUGAAGCGUCCAGUCGCAAAGCUGAUCUUUCUUCCUCCAGAAGAAAGAAUUCAAACUCAUUACGUAAAGCUACAGUAG